CAUUAAUUAUGUUAACUGUCAAAGACGUCCAUAUUGGAACCCUGGCGCUUAAGACUGAGUGACACAGAGAAACGAGCCAUCAGGUGAUUGACGUGAGGAUACACCGAAAACCGAGCGACAAACACACGACUUAACAGACUGAACUGAUUACCGUGUUAUAUAAAGACAACACGUCAAGCCUUUUUAUCUUUGGCGACAAAAUGGCGCAGUCCGUGAUAGCACUUGUGUUGGUGGCACUGACCACAAGCAUGGCUUUUCCCAGAGAUGACCAGCUUUUACAACAAUUGUUUGAAGAAUAUCUUCAGAAUCGAAACGCGAUACAGGGCCCCAUAGAAGAUCCCAGCUGGCCGUCUAGGGAGGUGUCCGCUAAUAUCGGGCCCGUAUCCGGAGUGGCAGCAGGGCCACAAGGAGAAGUCUUUUUAUUACACAGAGCCGAUCACCAAUGGACAGUGGGAACGUUCAGAGAGAACAACACGUACUCAACACCAGAGAAAGGUCCUAUCAGCACGGACGCCAUUUUGAAAGUUGACGGGGCCAAGGGGAAUAAGUUGGAUUCACUUGGCGCCAAUUUGUUUUAUCUACCUCACGGACUGACGUUCGAUCACGCUGGCAACCUGUGGGUCACAGAUGUCGCCCUGCACCAGGUGAUGAAAAUACCAGCGGGCUCCAAACAACCUGACCUCGUCCUUGGACAAAAAUUCAUUCCCGGAAGUGACGACACGCAUUUCUGCAAACCCACCGACGUAGCAGUCAUAAGCAAUGGCGACUUCUUCGUCUCUGACGGAUACUGCAACAGCAGAAUAAUCAAAUUUGCACCUGAUGGAACCAUUCUCAAACAGUGGGGAACGAAAACAGGCCGUCUACAUACUCUUACCGACUCUGAGCUGAACACGCCCCACAGCCUUGCUCUUGUGGAGGAGAGGGACAUGAUCUGUGUCGCUGACAGAGAGAACCUACGAGUCCAGUGCUACAACGCCGGGAUCAAGGACUCCACGAAAACAGGUUUAUUCAUGAUUACGUUGAUCGACGUUUUCCGGGCUGGAAAACCCUACGCCAUCAGUUACGACCCAACAGCCAAGGUCAUGUACGUUGCUGUUGACCCCAACGGAAACCAAGAUGGUGCGCGGGGAUACACCUUGACCUUGACGGAAAUCAGCUGGAGGAGUGGGGCUAUGCAGGAUCGGUACAAAGUCUGCCCCAUGACAUCACAGUGUCAAAGGAUGGCAGCGACAUCUACAUCGGCGACAUCAAGACAUCCGGGUCGCCAAUAAUGAAGUUCCACAGGUCGGAACCUAUCGGCGCUGUUCCGAGAACGAACCCCAUGCACUAAGCUGGCGACUCAGGUAUCUGGGACUUUGUGCAAACACGAACAAGGCUGUGAUGAAUUUUUGCGCUAAUAAAAGGUUUUAGCGCUGGGAUGAAGAUAUUUAAUUUUAAUGUAAUUAGUACUACCUAUGGCAGAAACGAUUCCACCUAUCACAAAUAUUCCAUCUAUUAGAAGCAGACAAGAGAAAUAAUUUCCAAAAAUUAAAUUAAAAUAUAGUCUACUCAAUGAAUAACAACUGUUUUAAGCUACAAUACGUUUCUCAUUAAAAAAAGAAAAGAAGUCCUUUCAGAAAACACACAAACACGCAUGCACGCACACACACACACACACACACGAGCGCACAAAAACACACAAACAUACAU